AUGAUCAUUCCGACGGAACAAGAGCAUACGGAAAGGCACUUGGCCAUUUUGAAGGAAAUUCAAGACGCUUUUAAUUCGUUGCAAACGUUGGAGAACGUGGAUGAGGAGGGAGAUGGCACAAUCUCUGAAAAGGACAAGGAGAUCCUGCAAAGGUCGUUAGGGUCAGAGGCUAUAAAAAAUAUUGAAAAGUUGGAAAAGGAAUGUGUACCGAGCGAUGGUGGAGUAGCGGCUGGGUCUGGUUCAGGCUUGCCGGCUAUGUUAGAGUCGGAAAGUAACUUGCCUGUAUGCCAACGCCAGUAUCCUUUUGCUCCUCCUAUCAUGAAGCAAUUGGAAGACGAAAUAGAUGAUAUGUUAGCUAAUGACAUCAUUGAACCUUCUAAUAGUUCAUGGCGUUCACCAGUACUGCUGAUUCCUUUGGAUGACUUGAGUAAAGAAAAGACUGCAUUUGGUCUAGCCGGAAAAGGUCUGUUCCAGUUUAAGGUAAUGCCGUUCGGUUUAUGUAAUGCGUCACAAACGCAGCAACGUCUCAUGGACAAGUUGCUUCCACCAGAACACGAAGGGAAAAUAUUCACUUACCUGGAUGAUAUAGUGAUCAGUAGUAGCACUUUCGAGGAGCAUUUGGCAUCACUGAGAUGGAACGUAACUUAUCCCUAG